AUGGACGCCAGCGACAUCGUCAAGUACAUUGCCGGCCUCAAUCACAGCAUCGAUGAGCUUGAAGGGGCAGUGCAGCCGAUGGUGGCCAAGCUGCUCGAUGAGCUGUUGGCAGCCUACGGCCACCUGAAGGAGGAAGUGUUGGGCAAGAUCAACACCCUCAAUAACUAUACCUACACGUUGAUUUCGGUGGUGUUCAGUCAGUUGAAGGCUCAGGGAGUGGACACCGAUGCCCACCCAAUCAAGGCUGAGCUUCAGAGGAUCCAGGGCUACAUGAAACGGGCUAAACAAAUCGCUACUCAACAAGAGCUGGAAGAAGAAGCCGACAAGAAGCGCCAGCAACAGGCUAAGGAAUACAUCGAACAAGCUUUGGGUGUCAAGGGUGGCGAACUGGCGCCGCUGCUGUUAGCCCAACCGGCGAUCAGCACCGGUAAUUUCGACGAGAAAGAAUCAUCAUCUACUGAGUCUAAGGAGGCUCUGGAACUGACAACAGAGGCUAAGUCAGAGGAGAAGCCCCAGACUAAGGGUAAGCAGCAAAAUGCUAAGCUGAACAAUGCUAAGCUGAAACCGCAGAAAGGUAAACAGCAGAAUAAGGUGAAUAAGCCUAACCAUAAUAAGAAAGGCAAGAAGAAGUAG